UGAAAUAGAGACAGCGCCAUAAAAUUUAGUUCACUCCUAGUCUCCUACUCCUUUUCUCUUCAUUUUUAUUAAUUUCGGUUUCGGCCUUACAUAUGCAAGAAAACCAAGUGAAAGUAAAGCAGAGAAAUGGCGGCAGAAGUGAGCAACACGCAGAUAAUAUUCAAUAAUUACAUAAGAAAAUAUGCUAAAGAAGCAGAUAUGAUCCUCAAAACCUCGACGAUGAAGCUGAAGGUGCCGGAAGACUGCAGCGACGCCGUUUUGGUGAAGAAUCUCUACUUGUCAUGUGAUCCUUACAUGCGUAACCGCAUGAACAAAAUCGGCGCCGCCAAUGACUAUGUUACCAGCUUCACCCCUGCCGAGCCAAUUAUAGGAAUUGGAGUGGCUAAAGUUGUGGAUUCUUCUAAUCACAAUUUCAAGAAAGAUGAGUUGAUUUGGGGUAUGACUGGAUGGGAAGAAUAUAGUCUUAUUAAAUCCACACAGAGCCUUUUCAAAAUUGAGCAUACAGAUGUUCCCCUUUCCUACUACACUGGAAUUCUUGGCAUGCCUGGGUUAGCUGCUUAUGUUGGUUUUUAUGAGAUAUCAUGUCCGAGAAAAGGGGAAACAGUGUUCAUAUCUGCUGCUUGUGGGGCUGUUGGUCAGCUUGUUGGCCAGUUUGCUAAGCUCUUAGGUUGUUAUGUUGUCGGAAGUGCUGGAACAAAAUAUAAGGUGGAUCUAUUGAGGUCCAAAUUUGGGUUCGAUGAUGCAUUUAACUAUAAAGACGAAUCUAAUCUAAAUGCAGCCUUAAAAAGGUAUUUCCCAGAAGGAAUUGACAUAUACUUGGAUAACGUGGGGGGAGAAAUGCUGGAUGCGGCGAUUCUCAACAUGAAACUGAAUGGUCGGAUUAGUUUAUGUGGAAUGAUCUCACAAUAUAACCAGCAACAUAGAGAAGGUGUGAGGAACAUGUUCAACGUGGUGGCCAAACAAAUCCGCAUGCAGGGAUUUGUUGUGUUUCUUUACUAUUCUCUCUAUCCAAAGUUUUUGGACUUCAUGUUGCCGCUUAUCAGGCAAGGGAAGAUUGAGUAUGUGGAAGACAUAGCUGAUGGCCUCGAAAGCGCGCCGGCUGCGCUCAUUGGCAUCUUCUCCGGCCGCAACGUCGGGAAGCAGGUCGUCCGUGUAGCUCACGAGUAGCUUAAUUUUCUCAUUCAUGAUAUGGAUGGUGCUAUUCACUGGCGGAUCUACAAGGGGCUGUGGGGGUACCACUGUACCCCCAAAAUUUUUCUUCUUUUAGUAGUAAUAUUAUAUCCCCAAGCCCCAACCCAGUAGUGUUUUAAGCUUCUCAUAUGAAUAUAUGUUUGGGAUUCGACCCCUUAAUUAAAGUUUAAAAUGGCAGCUACUCUU